AAAAGGGUUCUCAUAAAGGAGACAAAUGCGGCCCUGUGAUGUUCAAGAUCUGCAGUAGAUCGAGGACCAUCUGAGAGUCAUCCCACCCGUAGCCUAUCGAGUAGACAUCAGAGGGGUUUUUUAAAAUGGUAUAGUCUCUCCGAAAUGGGUGUGGUUGAAUCGUGCUUACGAGAUCUAACGUUAGCAAGCGCAGACCGGGUGAUUUAAUCUGAAACGACGUUAUUUUAUUACAAUACUGCAAUUUAGAGCUUUGAAUACAAGAACACCUCAUGCGAAUAUGCAUUAGGCCUAUUGCAUGUUUUUUUAAUUUGUGUACCAAUGGGUGGGUUUCCUGCUCCUCCGGCAAGAUAGCCCAGUCGCUUUUAAAAUAUCAUUUACAUUUUUCUCUCAAGAGUUUAAGCCUCUGUGUUUGGCAAUUUAUUUAAUAAUUCAUUUUUUUGACGAGGAGGCGACGGUCAUUACGAAGCGAGGGAGUGAGGGGAGAGAAGGAGGAGGAAGAUAUCCGCGAACUAGCAGAGGAGGAAGGAAGCGAGGAUCACGAAAACCACAAUCAAGAGAAAAACUGAGUCAUAAAAAAGCUAUUUACUAAUUUCAUAUGGUUCAAUGCAUUUUCUUUGAUGCGUGGACAGAUUGCAAUUGUGUUCAAUCCGCUCCAACAAAGAUGUUUUCGAGUUUAUGAAGGUCUCGGGCGUAGAAAGGCAAACCAUUCUAAAGAGGAAACGGGAACACAACAGCAGAACUCAUCUUUUCAAGGGGUCCAGUCAAACGGAGAUAUGGUGUCUCUGUACUUCGAUCUAAUAUUUAUUUGAUGUGUAGCCUACAUUGGAGAUUCACUGAGCAAAAAUCUAGAGAAGACAAGGAGCAGAGAGGAUAUUGAAAAUAUCUGCAUAUUUCUGUCCCUAUAUUGUUUUCUUUUCUAAGGAAAAAGGGGCCAAUAAACAUCCCCAGCCUUUUUGAAACAUUAAAUCCAGACUGUAUUCGAGAAAGACUACCAACCUCAUCGGAAACAUUACCUAACAGGUGACUGACUGAGUGACAGAGGACUUCGACGAGGCCAGGGACCAAUCCAAAAUGAGCGAGCUGGAGCAGCUGCGUCAGGAGGCGGAGCAACUUAGGAACCAGAUAAGAGAUGCCAGGAAAGCAUGUGGGGACUCAACCCUGACACAGAUAACGUCAGGUCUGGAUCCCGUGGGGAGGAUUCAGAUGCGGACGAGGCGCACUCUCCGUGGCCACCUGGCUAAGAUCUAUGCCAUGCACUGGGGCACAGACUCUAGGCUCCUGGUCAGCGCCUCUCAAGAUGGAAAACUGAUCAUCUGGGACAGCUACACCACUAACAAGAUGCAUGCUAUCCCCCUGCGCUCCUCCUGGGUGAUGACCUGUGCGUAUGCCCCCUCUGGUAACUACGUGGCCUGUGGAGGUCUGGACAACAUCUGUUCCAUCUACUGCUUGAAGACCCGCGAGGGCAACGUCAGGGUCAGCAGGGAAUUACCCGGACACACAGGUUACCUGUCCUGUUGCCGUUUCAUCGAUGACAAUCAAAUCAUCACAAGCUCAGGAGACACUACCUGUGCACUGUGGGACAUCGAGACAAGCCAGCAGACCACGGUGUUUUCGGGCCACAGCGGUGACGUCAUGAGCCUGUCCCUGUCUCCAGACUUCCGCACCUUUGUGUCCGGAGCCUGUGACGCCUCCAUUAAGCUGUGGGACAUCAGGGACAGCAUGUGCCGACAGACGUUCACGGGCCAUGAGUCUGACAUCAACGCAGUCUGUUUCUUUCCCAACGGCAGCGCCUUUGCCACCGGCUCCGACGACGCCACAUGCAGGCUGUUUGACCUGCGCGCUGACCAGGAGCUCAGCCUGUACUCUCACGACAACAUCAUCUGUGGCAUCACCUCCGUGGCCUUCUCCCGCUCCGGACGGCUGCUGCUGGCCGGCUACGACGACUUCAACUGCAACAUCUGGGAUGCCAUGAAGGGAGAUCGAGCAGGAGUGUUAGCCGGCCAUGACAAUCGCGUGAGCUGUCUAGGUGUGACUGAUGAUGGCAUGGCGGUGGCCACUGGGUCCUGGGACAGCUUCCUCAAGAUCUGGAACUGACAAGUUACCUGAGCCAUGCACACACACACACACACAUUACACACA